CACAAUGUGAACUUCCAUGUCUUCCUGAUGAAGUGUGUGAAUCAUUUACGGACAUACUUAAUCAGACCACUAGUCCUCCUGUGACCUAUUCUGGCUAUGAAUGUAACUGCAACUCAACACUGUAUGACUAUCCAGAUUUUAAAGCUUUACUCAAGGAGCAGUCAAUUUCCUGUAAUCCAUUGCAAUUUUCAGUAAAUAUUUCACCAUGUCUGCGCCGUAAAAUGGAAGAGUUUGGAUUUUUACUCCCAGAUGAAAACACACAACAAAAUUGUUUAAACAUGGUGUACUCCACUCAGUCUGGUAUCACUACUUAUAAUUUUACUUCAUCAGACCCUAACUGUGUCACUUUCAUCUCAAUAAAUGCUACUCAUGUGACAACGAGCAUAAAUGUAUUGUUUGAAACUAACAAAACUGCACCUCUGAUACUUUCUAAUGAUAUAAAUGUAAACUACAGCUGCUCUUACCCACUGGACUAUGACAUAAGCCUUGUUUUAGGCUUGAAUCCAUAUGUAAGUACAAACAACAUAAGUGCUACAGGAUCUGGGACCUACAUUACUACAAUGGAGUUGUACAAAUACUCUAACUAUACAGCGCCCUACACAGUCAGUGACAUGCCAAUCAACCUUAGUAUUGGAACACCACUGUACAUAGGAGUAAGUGUUCAAGGUGCAGAUCCAAGGCUCUUCCUCAAGGUAUCAUCCUGUUAUGCAACACCUACACAAUAUUCUACUGACUCUGUACAAUACCCCAUUAUCUCUGGAGGCUGCCCAAUACCUGGAUCUCCUGGUGGACAUUUUGACUUAAAUGGAGUUGCACACGUCGUUUACUUUUACUUCAAGCUCUUUAAAUUUACCACUUCAGAACAAGUGUUCUUGCACUGCACUUUUACUCUCUGCAGUACUAAUUGUUUAAACUUUGGUCUACUGGUAGCAAGGGAAACAAUUGCUGUUGACACUGUUCAUGGAAUUCCUAUUGUGCUUGAGGUUGAUUAUGGCCCUCAGACCAAUUUGGUGGAGUCCAGGCCAAAUUCCACUGCUGCAAAAAAGGAUUGGCCUGCUUUGACAUUUCAGAUGUGA